GAAUAUAAUUUCAGUUUUGGGAACAGACACACCUACAGUGCCUGUUUCUUUCUUCUCCAUUUGUCCUAAAAAAGCAGCAAUAUCUGAACUAACAACACACCUUCAAAAGAGAAGAAAAGAAUCUGAUAGUGCCACGCCAUCCCCGCUCCCAUUUUUCUGAACGACUCCUACUUUUUGCAUUAUUACUUGGAAAAGAGAGCAAAACACGAAAAUCCCACCACCCCAUUGCUACCACUACAUCUUUUAAAUUUAAAUUUUGUUCUCUUCUACUACAGUUGACCUAAUUUCAAUUCCCAUACAAAAUAAUAAUAACAAUAAGAAAAAAGGACAUGGGGAAUUCGUUUGGGUGCUCAGCUUCAGGGGAGAGAUUAGUUUCGGCGGCGAGAGAUGGGGAUUUGGUGGAAGCCAAGAUGCUCUUGGAUUGCAAUCCUUGUCUUGCUAAGUACUCCACUUUUGGGGGCCUUAAUUCUCCUCUUCAUUUCGCUGCUGCCAAAGGCCACAAUGAGAUUGUUGCUUUAUUGCUUGAAAAUGGAGCUGAUGUUAAUUCCCGGAAUUACUGUGGCCAGACGGCAUUGAUGCAAGCAUGUAGAUACGGGCACUGGGAGGUUGUGCAGACCCUUUUGCUCUUCAGAUGCAAUGUUACAAGGGCAGAUUAUCUAAGUGGAAGAACUGCUCUCCAUUUUUCUGCUGUAAAUGGACAUGUACGGUGCAUAACACUUCUUGUAGCUGAUUUUGUUCCUAAUCCUCCUUUUGAAGCUAUGAACAACCAAAUUGAAGGUGAAAAGGGGGACGGUUCUACUGUGAGAAACAAAAAUGAUCAAAGUGCACUAUCAAAGUUUGUAAAUAAGGCAGCUGAUGGCGGGAAUACUGCUCUUCAUAUGGCUGCAUUGAAUGGGCAUUUUGAUUGUGUGCAGCUUUUGUUAGACCUUCAUGCCAAUGUAUCUGCUGUCACAUUUCAUUAUGGAACAUCAAUGGAUUUAAUAGGAGCUGGAAGUACUCCUUUGCAUUAUGCUGCCUGUGGGGGAAACUUGAAAUGUUGCCAGAUCCUUCUUGCAAGAGGAGCCAGUCGGUUGACUUUGAACUGCAAUGGGUGGCUGCCACUUGAUGUUGCCAGGAUGUGGGGUCGUCAUUGGCUUGAGCCCUUGCUGGCACCUAAUUCUGAUACCACAAUACCUAGAUUUCCUUCUUCCAACUACUUGUCUUUGCCUCUUUCGAGUGUACUUAACAUAGCAAGAGAAUGUGGGUUGCAGUCCCCAACAACCCCCUUGGAUGAUGCUGACACUUGUGCAGUCUGCCUUGAAAGAGUAUGUAGUGUUGCUGCUGAAGGUACGUCUUCAACUUGCUGUUUCCAUAAAUUUGGAUGUGGGCAUGAGUUAUGCGUAAGGUGUGCACUCUAUCUUUGCUCAACAAGCCACAUUCCCUCCAAUAUCGUGGCCCCACCGGGGUCUAUUCCGUGCCCACUUUGUAGACAUGGCAUUCUCUCCUUUGUCAAAUUGCCCAUUUCGCCGGUAAAAGAAAAUAGGUUACAUGUAUCCCUUGGCCUCUGUACGCCAUGCAUGCUUCAUCCCUGUGAUGUAGAUUGCCCAUCACCUGCUUCAGAGAUCCGAAAUAAUCGAGUUGCAUCAGUUUCUUCGGAUAUUUUCUGUCCAGUUACCUGUAGUCCUUUUCCUUCUGUUGCCAUCCCUUUGUGCACCUGCAAUGAUGGUCCUUGCCCCUCGUUUGAAAGUGGAGAGACAGAAAUGCAAGAUGGAUCUCCAAGACGUUCACAAUCUACAUCGAUUGAGCAGGAUAAAAUUGAAGGACCUAGACUGGAGAGAACAACCUGUUCAAACAUGUUCUGGGGCAGGAGGAGCUGCAGUAGAGAGCAUCAAUGCAAUUCAGAAAUAAAUGCUUGAUUAAUUUCAUCGGUGGUUGAUCGAUCUAUUCUACAGAAAGAAGCUUCAUUCUUAGGUUCCAUUCUGAGAUGAACAGUUCCCAGUUUGCGAACAGAGCUGGAUUUACGACGGGGGCGAUGCUCCUUGCUGAAAUCCUGUUUUUCUUUGGUUUUUUUUUUUUGGUAGUAUUCUGUAAUUAUUACAAGUUUUCAAGAAAGUUUCAGUUUUGCGUCUACUGAAAUUUAAUUUGUAUUCCACCUUUCCACUUUUAAUGUUAGAGAAGUGGCUAGUAGUACUGAAGCCAAACCCUAGAAAUACAUGAAAAAACAUAAAUUUAGUGUGAGAA